AUGGAGCAAAAUGUGAAAAAGCUUCUGAAACUAGCAGGAGGUGAAGAGCUAGCUAGACAACUGUUGAAUCUCUUUGCGAAAUGGAACGAACUCCUCCUACUUACCGGAGAUGACCUUGAUGACCUAGAAGAGGUCUGGACGGGCAGAUCAAGAACCGCCACUGAAUCCCCGGCACCAUCAACCUGCUCUGAGUUCUAUGUACUGAUUGAGACGAAGACUUUUAUAAAUAUCUCAUGGAACAUCGUCCGAGAAUUAACUGACGAAGGCUGCACGAUCAUGCAGCAAAACAGUGCUCAUCGAGACACUCCGGUGCCUCCACUCUGGCUCUCCAGGCCAACUCUUCAUCGCGGCUACCAUCUGCAUAUGCCUCUCUCUGUAUGCUCUACCGGAGCGAAAAGGAGCGACCACGCUCCACCCAUCGAGACUUUGGCAUUUGGAAGUCUUCGACGGCCGAGAUUGCCCGAAUUCAUCCAGAAAUUCCACAAAAUUAGUAAGAGGAAGGAAAAGACGCAGUUCAUAAUCCCCAGCGAUGUGUAUGAACUUCCCCCUAAACAGCGUAGCGAUUGGAUCAAAAAACGCUACACUCAGGAUCGAGUACCUGCGCCGGAAGAUCUAUCCUUUAUCCGCAAUUCGGAAGCAACAGGACUUGUCUCUGAAAAGGACCCGCAUGAGGAGAGCCGAUGUGCUAGGUGCAUUCUCGGCAGUAAGUACGAUGAGAAGCUGCAUCGCUUUACUGCAUCUGGUGCUACUGUCUUCUCAGCAUACGGACUCGUCAUAUCCUUGAACUUGACAGCUGGUAGUUUGGAUAGACAUGACAUUUGUCUUUUUGCAGUUAGUGAUAUACCUGAGGUGGUGGACGACAAGGAGCUCACGGUGAUUGUGGAAGAUCUCCUGCAGAGUGGAUAUGGAUAUCACACAAUCCGCCAUCCGAUACCGCAAGGGCUCGGGCGCAGCUUCAAUAUAUGGGGUGGGGAAGCGCUCUGGAAUCUUCCACUUCAUUACCGGCCUUUCACCAGCAAAGAACGGAUUGAUGCUACGGACUGGGUCAGCGAACUGAAGUGCUUACCAAUUUCGGAGUCAACAGAGAAAUGGAGUACGGAAUUCUGUUGGGACGGACUCCAGAUGUUGCUGCAUUACUUGGGGAAAGGCAAGCCGUGGGCUGAAGCAGCUCGGGAGAUCAAACUCAAGGAUCGGUCAACAAGCACUUGCGCCAGAAGAGAAAUUUAUGCGCAAUCAGACAAAGAGGAUAAGCAGAGGCGCAGGGAAGCCGAUGAAAUGGUAGAGCCGCGGCCUAUUGUACGCUGGGGACCGUUACCAGCGUCCACACGUGGAGAUUAA